UGGAAACAGGUUUUUCUUUUCUCUUCCUCAUGUUUAGGUAAAGCACUUGACAGCAGGUUUUCAUAUCUUUUGAAAUUUUAACUGACAUAACUGAAAAAGAAACAGAGGAAUAAAAGUCAAGAAAAGCAGAAUUUCCUAAGUAAUGAAACAUUAGUCAAAGAAUCUUCAUUACAAGUCUGAAGGAAAAGAAAUAACAACAUUCUGUGUAUUCUUCUACAAGUAACUGUUGAAUAAUCUAACAGCAUCCUGGAAGGAAAUCUUAGGCAACUGCAGUAUCUGGAGAAUAUUUUUAAGUAAGCAAACCGCUCUUGCAUUAUGAGCCAACGUAAAACUUGGGAGAAAUGCCAGUUAUCGUACAGAUGAACAAGUGCAUAUGAAUUUUCUGUUAUUCCAACUUGGAUUUAAUGUGUGAAUACAAAAGAUUUUGAGAUCAAGGAAUAUGGUCAGCACAGCUUAGAAGACUGUCUUCUCUGUUUAAUCUUGGAAGUUACUUCUGCAUUUCUUUACUACUCACUUAUUUUAUUAUGGAGAGAACUGCAAUAUCUGGUUCCAAAAGAGUAACAAAACAACUCCAUGGUCUACUCUGUUUACUUUUGUGCCAUGGUAUCUCAACAACGUUCAUACCUAAGGACCCCAAGGUGAUUGCUAUCUUUGGACAGCAAGUAGUUUUGCCAUGCCUCUUCCAGGAGUCUGAUAACAGAGUUCAAGUUGUGCAGGUGAACUGGUAUUUAGCACCACCAGGUGCCUCAAGGGAGGAAAUAGCUGUUAUCCAUGACCAACAUGGACUUGCGGUGCAUGACAGUUACAAGGACCGUGUGGAGCGCUAUGCCAAGUCCGUGGCUGAGAAUGGUGCGAUCGUUUUGAAGACAGUGGCAGUUGCAGAUGAAGGGCAAUAUGUCUGUCGAGUUACCACUUUUCCGAGUGGCACCUUUGAAAACACAGUCACAUUAUCAGUCUUCAUGGCACCACUUAUGACGCUGAAACAUGUUCCAGAACUUACAGAAAGACUCAAGAGCACGGCUGUAGCCUCCUGUGUGGCGGAGGCGAGACCUAUUCCAAGCAUCAGCUGGGAAACGGAAUUAGAAGGCACAUGGGACAGUAAGACGGUGUCACUAGGCAAUGUGGAAGUCAUAACCAGUGAUUUCAUUUUGUGGCCACACAGGUCGAUGAACGGGAAGGAGCUGAUCUGUGUGGUUACUCAUCCUGCUUUGUCUGAACCAAAACGCAUGACUUAUAAAAUGAAUGUCAGAUAUCCACCAGAUGUGACCAUCAAAAGGGAUACAGACUGGUACAUUGGAUUAGUUGGUGGAACUUUAAAGUGUAUUGGUGAUGGAAACCCUGUACCAACAAACUACACAUGGAGAAGACAAAAUGGUUCCUUCUCAGAGGGAGUGAAAAUCGAGAAAGGUAUCCUGAAGUUUGAGAAGCCACUGACUGAAGCGGAUUCUGGCAUUUAUUUCUGCUCUGUAGCCAAUGAGGUUGGAAGAAAGGAGAGUCAGACAGAAAUUUUAGUGCAUGCAGCAGCAGCGGCCAGACAUACGGACUUCGUUAACACUACAGUUAUUGUUAUCGGAGUGGUGGCAGUUGUUCUGAUAGCUUUGCUUGCCAUUGCUGUUGGCUUAGUCACUCGUUAUCACAGGAAGAAAAAGAAGGAGCUAACGAUAAAACUUGAGGAGUUCUCUACCUUGUCCAGGGGAAAUUCUAUUCGCAGAGUGAACUCCAUCAGCAUCAGAACACAGACAGAUGAAAACAUGCCUCUCCAGGGAUUAAACCACCUAAAUGCAAUGCGAGAGCUCAGUACAGCAUCUGUUGGAGGCAACUCAUUUAACCUGCCUUCUCAGAUUGAUGAGUUGGAACGACGCAGCAGUUCAACAAUUGCAACCGUAAGGGAAAUAGAGGUGCAGACUGAAAUGGAAGUGUUAACUUCUCAGGAGGCUGAUGAGGCACUGAGCAGUACUGAUAGCCACGGGGAGAUCCAAACAGCCAUGACUCACUUCUACCCAGAAAAUGGCACAUUGCGUCCAAAGCCCACCUGCAAUGGCAUAUAUAUCACAAGGAAAGAGAACUUUGUUUAGCUGGUAUUCUACAGGACAGUCAAGAUGCGUGGAGUCUGGAACUUCUGCAUCUCACUGAAACUUUUACAGUAUGAUUGUGAAGAAUGGGGAACAUUUGAGGAAGUAAAAUUCAAACUGAGUUUACUGUUUUCUUGACUUGGAACACAGAAAACGUGUGAAUGGUGGUAUAGAUCAGUCAUGUAGGAAUCGUGCAGAGCAAAUAAAUAUAUCAAGGAAUGUCUAAAACAUUUAACAUAUGGCUGCAAUAUUGAUGGAGAGGCUUCAGUACUGUUCAGUAAUAUACUGCAUAGAACUGGGAAAAAGAUUUUGUAUUAGGCCUAAAAUAGCUGCCCCACCAGGAUAUGACUAUUUUCAGUAUCGGAAAGAAGAAGUGGCAGUAUUUCUCCUUAUAAUUAUAAAGCAUUUCUAAGGAUGAAAAUUAUUCUGCAAAUUAAGCACAGGCUCAUAGCACUGUCCACACAUUAUGCUUAUUUCAGAAUCUGAUAGUUGUAUCUAUUUGAUAUGGAGAGCAAGGAAUCCUAUUUUGCUGCAAACCCUGAAAAUACCACCACACUUUGGGUCUACUGCUGUUCUCGCAAUUUUUGUAGCAAAUUAAAUGCUAGCAAAAGGAAAACUGGUGCAAGUUUUCUUCAAACAUUAACACUAUAAAGGAAAAUGAAUGGAAAUUGGUAACCAUACCUGACACUAACCUGACUCAAGGAACCUUUAUACCGGGAAAGCCAUUAAUGUUUGCUCAGGAUGUCAGAAGAAGAAAGACCACUUGAUGUAAAAUUUCUGUGAGAUAUCUUGCCAGUGUCACAUUGUAAUGAGAGUACUUCAUUAUGUAUAUAGCCUGGUAUUUAUCUAAGUGGUUGCAUCUAAGGAGUCAUGUAGGAUGAGCUGAAAUCUACUAGGACAUAUACACUCGAAAUGCCACUGAUAAUGUUACUUGUCUUUUAAACCCUGGUCAUCGCAUGUACAGAUCUGAACUCCUAAUGCAGUGGCAGUACAAUUAUUUUUAUAAAUGUUCUAAUAAUUUAGCCUUUCAUUCAACUCGGCAGUGUGGAAAAUUCCAAGUACAGUUUCUACAUGGAGAACUCUUACGCUAGCGUGGGCACUAGUUUUAUAUGAACAAACAGACAAGCCAUGUUAUGGUAAACUGCAUACACGUUGGUAAAAUGUACAUUGUGAAAUGGGAGAGUACUGAAUUUUGAUUUCAGUUGUGCUGCUAUUCAGGUACAGCAGUCACACAGAUAUUAAUGUAUUAAAAAUGUAAUAAUACCCUACUUCGUAACAUAAGGCACACCAGACAGUGCAUUAUGGAGGAAUAGUGACUACUGAUGUGUUCUUCUGUGACUCAUAAUCAGUCUAGGCAUUUUCUCAUAUAAUAUACACUCCUGUUGUCCCUUACUGAUAAAUAGUAAAGCAAUUUGAAGUCAAAUGAUUAGCAUCACAAUUUACACCUUGUUGAACUGUAAUGAUGAGAAACAUCAAGUUAGAUUUGUUAGUCUGUUCCUAAGAACACAUCUUUCUUGGUUUUGUCCUGUACAUCAUUAACCUUACAGUAUUAUUAGGCUUUAGAAAGAAGAGUCUAGACAGUUGUACCUCCUCGUUGGUCAAGACUGUUCAAUUGAAAUUUUGCUGCCAUGUCUAUACUGAUCCUUGGGGUUGCACUAGUGGGAACGCUCUCGGUUAUGGCCAAAAGGUUGCAUGAAAAUCCUAAAGCUAUACCAAUCAUAGAUACAUAUUAUUACAAGGCAAGGCCUGCUGGCAAAGACUCUGGUAAUAACAUUAAGCAACUUAAUCACAGAAUUUCCACAGCACUCAUAUGCACAUGCAUAUUCUAAAAAUCAAGGAUGCUUCAGUUUUAGUGGGGAUGGGGGAUGACAUAAUUAUGAAGGUAUUUACCUCACAGACAUUAAGUACAAGGUUUGGGUCUCACCUUUGACAAAAAUAAGUUAGGUUUAAAAUUGCAUCUAAUCUAAGUUUUAUGUCCAUGUAGUUCUUCGGGUUGGGUUGGCAUAAUGGUUAAAAUUUUCACCUAAUAGGCACAUGGUACAGGGUUUGAUUCGGGUCUUGGAUUAUUGGCUAGACCCAAAAUGGCCUUUUAGACCAGUUAAGCUAGUAUUCAGUUAAGAACCUAUGAAUCUAUACAGAUCAUUUCCAUUGCAAUUCAAAGCAAACCCAUACCUCUACAGUUACUUCCAAAGUAUAACUUAAGUCCUAAAGCAGUAUGAAUGUUUGCAGGUAUUCUAAUGUAGGAGGUAAUGCAGAGCAGUGGACAUUGCAUAAGUCUACCUUUAUAAUAGCAAGUGAUGUCAUUAAGUGAGCUAUAGUGUCUCCUUUAACUACCAGCAUAAGUCCAAUGUUCCUGUUAUCCCCAAAACUUUUUUUUAAACAAAUAGACAUGUUAAAUAAUAUUGAAUCAAAGUUAUUUAUCAAAAGAAUGGGGAAAAAGUUGUUAACCAGUGCUGUGAGCUUCAUUGCUGAGGUUGCCUGCUAGUAAAAGUUUCACAUUUUAUUCAUCCUUUCCAUAUUGUAAGAGGAGAGUUAAUGAUCCACAUGUGGAAAUGGAAGGCUGAGAACUAUGUGUAUGUAAUGAAACACUAGAGAUGACAGCUUAAAUCAGUUUACUAAAUGUAGUCUUUUAUGAAAAUGCUGGUAUUAAACAAGGUAUACCGUUAACAAAUCAGUUUACACCCCUCAAAACACUGUCACCAAGCAUAUCUCUUUGCUUUUUAGUGCAAGAAUCAGGGACAAAAUGAGGGAUAAAGACGCAAACUCUGGUUAGUUGAGAGAUAUUGUAUGGCAACCAGAAAAUGAUCAAGCUAUUACCUCAGUCUCCAGAAAAGUACUAAAAUGUUACUGUGAGAACUUUCAAGGAAUGCUGUGACAUUUUGUCUGCUAUGCAAAAAUACUGGUGAAAUCAAAUGUUCUGCAUUUUCACCCCAAGUUAUAUCCAUAAGGAUGCAGGGUACUGAUUUAGUAAAGUAACAAAAUAAGCCAAUAUUAUUUAACAAGUAAUCCUAAUAAACAAAGCACAGAAGUCAUCUGUUAAAAUAUCACUGGAUUUCUUUUAUUUUAAGUCAACACACAAGUAUUUCAAAGCUGCACAUGUAGGCACCAUUUCAGAUGUACAAGGACAUAGCAGAAAAUAUUACGAAGGGUAAUAAAAUAAACAUGAAUUUGACUGGCAAAGGAAUGAAGCCAAAAGAAAGCUCUCUCAAAAGCUUCAGUGCACAUUUGGAAAUAAGAAGUCAUUAUUUGUGAACAAGGACCCUUUCCUCUGUGUCAAUAUUACCAUUUUUUUGAAGGGAAAACUUAAGUGAUGGGAAAAGAAGUAAAGAUCUUUUGCUAGUUGUUCAAUACAUAUGACACAGCAGAUGUUAUCUCUGUUUGACAUUUGGGACUCUUGACAUACAUUUAGAAGGAAACGCUAUGAUAGAAACCAAUUUUAGCAUUCUACCUGUCUAUCUGCAUUUGUUUGGUGAUUCUGAAAGCAUUUAUUGCCUGUUUUCAUAUUAUGAAUGUCAGUAUUCAUUAUUAGAAUUAAUAUUAUGAAUGUAAAUAAUAUCCACCAGAAUGUCUUGCCCAUGUCGCAG